GCAGGGUCCAGCACCGGGACCGCGCGGACGCCGGGACGCGAACCCAGAGGCGCGCGAGGGCAUCGGCGCCCGCGGCCCCCGCGCAGCCCUGCCUCCUGGCGCCCGCGCGAACCAUGGACGUGUACCGCACCCCCGCCGCGGAGCUGGACGGCCUGGUGGCCAGCAGCCUGCAGCCCCCCGCGGAGUUCGUGGGGGCCGCGCGGCGCGCCCUGGGCAACCUGAGCGCCGCCCUGCGAGAGCGCGGGGGCCGCCCCGGUGCGGCUGCCCAGCGUUGGCGGGUGCUGAAAAUCGUCAAGGGAGGCUCCUCUGGCCGGGGCACAGCUCUGAGGGGUGGCUGUGAUUCUGAACUUGUCAUCUUCCUCGACUGCUUCAAGAGUUAUGAGGACCAGGGGGCUCACCGUGCGGAGAUCCUCAACGAGAUGCGGGCACUGCUGGAAUCCUCAUGGCAGGACACAGUCCUGGGGCUGAGCCUUGAGUUUCCUGAGCAAAACAUGCCCGGGGUCCUACAGCUCCGACUGGCAUCCACAGACCUUGAAAACUGGAUGGAUGUUAGCUUGGUGCCUGCCUUUGAUGCCCUAGGGCAGCUCCGCACGGGCGCCAAACCCGAGCCCGGGGUCUACUCGAGCCUCCUGGACAGCGGCUGCCGGGGGGGCGAGCACGCCGCCUGCUUCGCGGAGCUGCGGAGGAACUUCGUGAACACGCGCCCGACCAAGCUGAAGAACCUGAUCCUGCUGGUGAAGCACUGGUACCGCCAGGUGUGCCCACAGGAGGCCAGCAGGGAGCUGCUGCCCCCUGCCUACGCUCUGGAGCUGCUGACCAUCUUUGCCUGGGAGCGGGGCUGCGGCAAGAAUGCCUUCAGCCUGGCCCAGGGCCUCCGGACCGUCCUGGGGCUGGUCCAGGACUAUCGGCACCUGUGUGUUUUCUGGACACUCAACUACAGCUUCGAGGACCCCGCGCUCAGGCAGUUCUUGCGGCGCCAGCUUGAGAGACCCAGGCCUGUGAUCCUGGACCCGGCUGACCCUACGUGGGAUGUGGGAAACGGGGCAGCCUGGCGCUGGGAUCUGCUGGCCAAAGAGGCAGAGUUGUGCUGUGACCACCCGUGCUUUCUGCAGGCAGCAAGGGGCCCUGUGCAGCCCUGGGAGGGGCCGGACCUUCCACGCACCGGGUGCCCGGGUUUGGACCACCGCAUCCAGCAAGACCCUGCCCAGAGGACCCCCGAGGACAGCGGGGUUCUCACUGGUGUGCACCCGAGCACAAGGAGGAGGCAGCCCUCGAGCCGAGCUCCUGGUCCCUCGAGCGCGGCCAGCAUCGCGCCCCGCCCACCGCAGGCGGUCUUGGAUCUGUCUCGGAUCCCUGCCCUGGAGCUGGACCGCUUCAUCCAGAACCACCUGAUGCCCAGCUCCCAGUUCCAGAAGCAAGUGAGCAAGGCCAUCGAUGUCAUCUUGCGCGGCCUCCGUGAGAACUGCGUCCACAAGCCCUCACGAGCCAGCAAGGGGGGCUCAUUCGGCCGGGGCACCGACCUCAGGGGUGGCUGUGAUGCCGAACUGGUCAUCUUCCUCAACUGCUUCAAGGACUACAAGGACCAGGGGGCCCGCCGGGGGCAGAUCCUUGAAGAGAUACGGGCACAGCUGGAAUCGUGGUGGCAGGACCGGGUCCCCAGCCUGAGCCUCAAGUUCCCUGAGCAGAGCACGCCUGGGGCUUUGCAGCUCCAGCUGGCGUCCGCGGACCUAGAGAGCCGGGUGGAUGUCAGCCUGCUGCCUGCCUUCGAUGCCAUUGGCCAGCUCCGCGCGGGCGCCAAACCCGAGCCCGGGGUCUACUCGAGCCUCCUGGACAGCGGCUGCCGGGGGGGCGAGCACGCCGCCUGCUUCGCGGAGCUGCGGAGGAACUUCGUGAACACGCGCCCGACCAAGCUGAAGAACCUGAUCCUGCUGGUGAAGCAGUGGUACCGCCAGGUUGCAGCUCAGAACAAAGGAGCGCAGCGGGCCCGUGCCUCUCUGCCGCCCGCCUACGCCCUGGAGCUCCUGACCAUCUUCGCCUGGGAGCAGGGCUGUGGGGAGGACCGCUUCAGCAUGGCCCAAGGCCUGCGCACCGUCCUGGGGCUGGUCCAGCAGCACCGGCAGCUCUGCGUCUACUGGACGGUCAACUACAGCUUUGAGGACCCAGCUCUCAGAACGCACCUUCUUGGCCAGCUGCGGAACCCCAGGCCCCUGGUCCUGGACCCUGCCGACCCCACCUGGAACGUGGGCCAGGGCAGCUGGGAGCUGUUGGCCCAGGAAGCAGCAGCCCUGGGGACGCAGCCCUGCCUUAUGAGUAGAGAAGGGACACCAGUGCAGCCCUGGGAUGUGAUGCCCGCUCUCCUUUGCCAAACCCCGGCCAGUGACCUGGACAAGUUCAUCACUGAAUUCCUGCAGCCCAACCGCCACUUCCUGGAGCAGGUGAACAGGGCCGUGGACACCAUCUGCUCGUUCCUGAGGGACAACUGCUUCCGGAACUCUCCCAUCAAGGUGCUUAAGGUGGUCAAGGGCGGCUCUUCAGCCAAAGGCACAGCUCUGCGAGGCCGCUCAGACGCCGACCUAGUGGUGUUCCUCAGCUGCUUCAGCCAGUUCACCGAGCAGGGGAACAUGCGGGCCGAGAUCAUCUCAGAGAUCCGAGCCCAGCUGGAGGCGUGUCAGCAGGAGCGGGAGUUUGAAGUGAAGUUCGAGAUCUCCAAGUGGGAGAACCCGCGCGUGUUGAGCUUCUCCCUGACAUCCCAGACGAUGCUGGAUCAGAGUGUGGACUUUGACGUGCUGCCGGCCUUUGACGCCCUAGAGGCUCUGCCUUGUCAGAGAGAGACCAGCAGGUGUCAGACGUUAAAGAAAGGUCAGCUCCCAGCUGAGACGUCCUCCUGCUGGGGAAGCGGGUGCAUUGAAGGCCAGCUGGUCCUGGACUCGCGGCCCCGCCCGCAGGUCUACGUGGAUCUCAUCCACAGCUACAGCAACGCAGGCGAGUACUCCCCCUGCUUCACGGAGCUGCAGCGCAACUUCAUCAGCUCCCGGCCCACCAAGCUGAAGAGCCUCAUCCGACUGGUGAAGCACUGGUACCAGCAGUGCAACAAGAUGCCCAAGGGGAGGGGCUCGCUGCCCCCCCAGCACGGGCUGGAGCUGCUGACUGUGUAUGCCUGGGAGCAGGGCGGGUGCGACUGCCAGUUCAGCAUGGCCGAGGGCUUCCGCACCGUGCUUGAGCUGGUCCGCCAGUACCGCCAGCUCUGUGUCUACUGGACUGUCAACUACGACAACGAGAACGAGACCGUCAGAGACUUCCUGAAACUGCAGCUUCAGAAGCCCAGGCCCAUCAUCCUGGAUCCGGCUGACCCGACAGGCAACCUGGGCCCCAAUGCCCGCUGGGACCUGCUGGCCAAGGAAGCUGUGGCCUGCAUGUCUGCCCCAUGCUGCAUGGGCAGGGAUGGCAGCCCCAUCCAGCCAUGGCCGGUGAAGACCUGUGUUUGCUCAGUGGCAGAAGUGAAACCCGAGUGUGGCUCAGCCCUCGCCUUGCUGGGCGUCCCUGAGCAACCCCAGCAGCCAGCAGGCGCGAUGGGAAACUGGGAGUCCCAUCUGUACGAAGUGUCUGCUCGGAAACUGGAUGAGUUUAUCCAGGAGUCCCUGCGGCCCUAUGAAGAAUGUGAGACACGGAUCGACCGGACGGUGACCGGCAUCUGCGCCGCCCUGCAGAGAGCCGAGCAGCUCACCCUGGAGAAAUGGGUGGCCCAGGGUGGCUCCUAUGGACGGAAAACAGUCUUACGGGGCAACUCCGAUGGUACCCUCGUCGUCUUCGUCAGUCACUUUGAAAAAUUCCAGGAUCAGAAGAGAAGCCAACAGGAAAUCCUCAACAAAAUCUGCAGGUGCCUGGAAGCUUAUCAGUCCACAGACCUGGUAGCCAAGAUAGAGAUCCAGAGGCCCAACGGUGGGCUCAUCAUCAAGGUGUUCACAAGAUGGCAAAGCGUCAGUUUUGCGGUGCUGCCUGCCUUCAAUGCUCUGGGCUUGAGAGAGCAUCCCAGCUCCUGGACCUACCGAGAACUCAAAAGAUCAUUGGAUAUGACAAAAGCCAGCCCCGGCGAGUUCUCAGUCUGCUUCACAGAGCUCCAGCAGAAGUUUUUCAACAACCGUCCGAGAAAACUGAAGGAUUUGAUCCUCUUGGUAAAGCAUUGGUAUGAGAAGUAUGUGAAAAAGGAGGGGGAACCGUCCCUGCUUCCCCUGUACGCUUUGGAGCUGCUUACCAUCUACGCCUGGGAACAGGGGUGCGGAGAAGAAGACUUCGAUACAGCUCAAGGCAUCAGGACUGUUCUGGAGCUGAUCAGGCAGCAGGAGAAGCUGUGCAUCUAUUGGACGGUCAACUACAACUUUGAGGAUGACACUGUCCGGAACAUGCUGCUGAGCCAGCUCCGAUCGUCCAGGCCAGUAAUAUUGGAUCCAACUGACCCAACCAAUAACGUGAGCAGAGAUAAGAUGUGCUGGCAAGUGCUGAAAGUAGCGGCUGAAAGCUGGUUGUCGUCUCCCGGCCUGAGAGAGUCGCGUGGGCCAACCUGGAACGUUCUGCCAGCGCCACUCUACGUGACCCCAGGCCAUCUUCUAGAUACGUUCAUCAUGGACUUUCUCCAGCCCAACAAAGUUUUCCUAGAUCAAGUCAAGAAAGCUGUCAACAUCAUCUGUAUAUUCCUUAAAGAAAAAUGCUUUCAACAUUCACCUACAAAAGUUCAGAAGGUUGUCAAGGGAGGGUCGACCGCCAAAGGCACAGCUCUGAAGAGCGGCUCUGAUGCCGACAUCAUCGUCUUCCUUAGCUCGCUUAACAACUACACCUCCCAGAAAACGGAAAGAUGGAGAAUCAUCAAGGAAAUCCGUAAACAGCUGGAAGCCUGUCAGCGGGAGAAGGAGUUUGAAGUGAAGUUUGAGAUUUCAGAGCGGAAGGCUCCCAGGGUGCUGAGCUUCUCUCUGAAAUCCAGAGUGCUCAACGAAAGUAUUGACUUUGAUGUGCUGCCUGCCUUUAAUGCGUUAGGUCAACUGAAUCCCGGCUCUGCACCCAGCCCCAGGGUCUACGCUGAGCUCAUCCAGCUGUAUAAAUCCUCGGACGCCCUCGGGGGAGAGUUCUCCACCUGUUUCACAGAGCUGCAGCGCAAUUUCGUUGACUCCCGGCCCACGAAAGUGAAGAGUUUAAUCCGCCUGGUGAAGCACUGGUACAAACAGUGUGAAAGGAAACUCAAGAAAAAGGGGUCCCUGCCCCCCAAGUACGCCUUGGAGCUCCUCACCAUCUAUGCCUGGGAGUGUGGGAGCGGGGCGACGCAGUUUGACACGGCAGAAGGUUUCCUGACGGUGCUGGAUUUGGUCACAAAAUAUCAGCAGCUCUGCGUCUUCUGGACCGUCAAUUACAGCUUCGAGGAUGAGACCAUAAGGAACUUCCUCCUGACCCAGAUGCAGAGAACCAGGCCCGUGAUCUUGGACCCAGCCGAACCCACUGGUGAUGUGGGCGGAGGCAACCGUUGGUGUUGGCAUCUUCUAGCAAAAGAAGCUACGGAAUGGAUGUCCUCCCUCUGCUUCCAAGACGGCAGUGCACACCCCGUACAAAAGUGGGAAGUGCCCACAGCGCAGAUGCCAGGAAGUUGUGGAGCGGGGGUGCAUCCUAUUGUCAAGGAGAUGUUCUCACUCCGAAGUCAUAGAAUCCUGGCAUACCAAUGCUAGAAGAAGCUUCUAGAGGUCCUCUGGCAACUGCUUUUAAAGAAUCCGUUCACUAUAUAAAAGACUAACCAGAUCCAUUCUUCCAUUGACGGUCCCCACGGCUCCCUCCCUUGUUUCUUCAACCCCUCUUGAAAUCAAGACCGCCAAGUUCUUUUUGUAAAGUCUCGCCUUGCUGAGCUCUCAUUCCGUGAGUGACCUACCUUAAUUAAAAAGAGUUGCUUUCAUCCAGCUUUCUGUGCACCAUAUUUCUGUCCACCAUUCUGGAUUAUUCCAAUUAGCUCCUUCUUUUUCCUUCAAGUCUUAGAAGCGGAAUCUCUCUGCAUUCCCAAAGUGAAGCCCUCUGCCUGCCCCUUGGCUCCCAUAGUUCUACAAUCUUACUCUCAUACUCCUCCACCUCGCCCACCUCCUGUCUCUUUUCCUCCGUACACAGAAUCCUGUCUGCCCCUGCCCGGUCGAAGGUCUCCUACGCCAGGAGUGAGCCAGCCUCUGCAUAGACCUGCAAACUCUCUAAACGCUUGGGAUUUUCACUGUUGCCAUAUAUAUAUAUUAGCCUGUUGUCUUUUCCUUCUGAGCCCACCUUUUUCCCCCAUCCAUGAGUAUCUUCUUGACAAAUCUAACGGCCUUCUCCUCUGGCUUUAGCUUCAAAGAUGCUUGAAGGUCUAUGCAUUUUAACUUCAGAUACCCACUUAACAUUUUAUUACUGCCAUAUAAACCAACUGUCAUAAAAUUAAGAAUAUAUCUGUUCUUUGUCCCCAGUUCUUGGCACAUAGCUUCAAAAACUCUUGGGAUUUCCUGAUAGGAGUGUCCUUUGUAUUCAUACUGAGCCCCUUCCAACCAUCCCUGAGUUUACCUAGUGAGGUGUGGGCCCUGAGAUAGUUUCAGGGGAGGGGUUGGCCAUGCCAGAAAUGCCAAGCAUGUGCUUACACGGUUGGUACUUUCGGCCCCACUCCCCAACCUCCCAAGAGGAGAGGGGGGCUGGAGACUGAGUUCAAGUGCAUGGCCCAUGAUUUCAUCAGUCGUGCCUUCGUAAUGAAACCCCAAUAAAAACUCGGGACAACAAGGCUUGGGAGCUUCCUAGUUGGCAAGUGUGCUGAUGUACCACAAAGAUGGCACAUCCUGACUCUGUGGGGAUAGAAGCUCCUGGGCUCAGGACCCUUUCAGACCUUGCCCCCUAUGUAUCUUCUCCUCUGGCUGUUUAUCUGUAUCUUUUGUAAUAAAAUGGUGAUUGUAAGCAUA